UCUCUUUUCCCAACAAUUCUCCCCCUCUCCUCCUCCCCACACCACCCCCCCAAUCGCGCAAACCACACCCUCCCAACCGCCCCAUCAUGGCCGACAACAAAGACACCAAGGGCAAAGCGCCCGCAAACCAGACCUCGGAGUCCGGAUCCAGCCCGAAACCCUACUCAAUCGGCGACAAGCUGACCCCUAAAAUGGCGGAGUCGCUACUGGAGAACAACCCCGCCUUGAAGAACGAGAUGGCGGGGCUGGGCAAGGACAAGACCGCCGAGGCCCUGCGCAAGAUGGACAUCGCCGACCUGCUGACGGGUCUGGCGGUGGGCGGGAAGAACCAGAAGGAUAUGGCCUCUUACAAGUUCUGGCAGACGCAGCCGGUGCCGCGGUUUGACGAGACCGGUAGUGAGCCGAGUGCUACUGGGGGUCCGAUCAAGAUGAUUGAUCCGGAGAAGGUGUCGAAGGAGCCGGAUGCGCUGGUUGAGGGGUUUGAGUGGGCGACUCUGGAUUUGACUAAUGAGGUGGAGUUGCAGGAGUUGUGGGAUCUUUUGACGUAUCACUAUGUGGAGGAUGAUAAUGCGAUGUUCCGGUUCCGAUAUUCGAAGGCUUUUCUUCACUGGGCGCUGAUGUCGCCGGGCUGGAAAAAGGAAUGGCACGUGGGUGUGCGCGCCACCAAGUCGAAGAAGCUGGUCGCCUCCAUCUGCGGCGUCCCCACCGAACUCCGCGUGCGCGGCCAGAAGAUCAAGGUGACUGAGAUCAACUUCCUCUGCAUCCACAAGAAGCUGCGGUCGAAGCGGUUGACGCCGGUCCUCAUCAAAGAGAUCACCCGCCGCUGCUACCUGAACGGCAUCUACCAGGCGAUCUACACCGCCGGAGUGGUGCUGCCCACCCCGGUCAGCUCCUGCCGCUACUACCACCGUCCCCUGGACUGGCUGAAGCUCUACGAAGUCGGCUUCUCCCCGCUGCCGCACGGCUCCACCAAGGCCCGCCAGAUCACCAAGAACCACCUCCCGAGCAACACGUCGAGCCCGGGUCUGCGGCCCAUGGAGCUCAAGGACGUCGACGCCGUGCAGGAUCUGCUGGAGCGGUACCUGCGCCGGUUCGACAUGAACCAGGCGUUCACAAAGGACGAAGUCAAGCACUGGCUGGUCCACAGGGACAACGACGAGCAGGAGCAGGUCGUGUGGUCGUACGUGGUGGAAGACCCGGAGACGCACAAGAUCACGGACUUCUUCUCGUUUUACAGCCUUGCGUCGACGGUCAUUCAGCACCCCAAGCACAAGGACGUGUGCGCCGCCUACCUCUACUACUACGCCACGGAGACGGCAUUCCAAGAGGACAUGAAGACUCUCAAGGACCGGCUCCAGAUGUUGAUGAACGAUGCGCUGAUCAUGGCGAAGAAGGCCCGCUUCGACGUCUUCAACGCGCUCACCCUCCACGACAACCCCCUGUUCCUGGAAGCGCUCAAGUUCGGCGCCGGCGACGGCCAGCUGCACUUCUACCUGUACAACUACCGAACGGCCCCUAUCCCCGGCGGCGUCAACGAGAAGAACCUCCCCGACGAGAAGCAGAUGGGCGGUGUUGGUGUUGUGAUGCUGUAAACAAAAUAAGGGCAUGAUACGAGAUACGAGGGUCGAUUCUACUCUCGUAUACUCCCAGUACUAGUACUUGAUAUUGGCUGAAAAUCUUUUGAGCAACAGCGCAACCAAGCAUGAUGAAAAUGAGAUGAUAUCCCACUAUUUAUGAUUGAUUAUUGC